AUGGCAAAUCAGGACGAACAUAAUGAAACUAGGAAUAUGAAUGCAUUUUAUGCAUCUCUUGAAUCAUCAGAGAGAACUUCUCCAUCACAUCUAGUACCUUUUAGGCCUAGUGAAAAUAUCAAGAAAGCAAUUCAAAGUCUCCAAGAUUUAUUCUCUAAAGAUUUCUCUCUUUUGUUACACCCAGGGCGUUCUAUAGAGAUAAAAGAUAUACUCAAAUACCUCCUCACAUUCCUACAAAGUGAAUAA